CGACCGUACUUUUUAUUUUUAAACAUUUGGAAUUUAUUUUUAACGGCGUGAGUGAAAAAUGGACGGUGUUCACGGAGGUGUCAGCAUCGGGGAUGAGAGGCGGUUUGCCCGGGAGGAUAAGGCGGAUGAAGGCCCCCUUGGGAAAGACCAGAUCGAGACGCUGCAGAAAUCGUGGGAAAUAAUUGCGGAUAAAUCACACGAGAAUGGAAUAACUCUUAUCAAAAGGCUCUUGGACGAGCACCCAGAUGAGCUCGUCCCACUGUUUUCCUUUGGCAAAGCGGGGCUCAGCAGGGAGGAGAUGUACCAGAAACCGGCGUUUUUCAGGCACUGUAAGGGCGUCAUGUCCACACUGGGUGUCGCCGUGAACAACCUCGGCGACCUUCAAGCGAUCGUCCCGGUGCUGGAAAAAUUGGGCGCGAAACACAAUACCAAGAAGGUGAAAGCAGCACAUUUUGAGUACCUACAAGAAGCAUUUGUGUACAUGCUUCAGCAGGCACACGGCCAAGACUUGAAUGACGACAUAUUGGAUGCAUGGACAGCAGUGUUUGCUGUAGUUGCUGCAACGAUGGGCAGCAAAAUGUAGAAUGAUGUGGUAAAGUUAGUUUGAUACUGAACAUUCACCAUUCACAUAGGUUUGUACAGCGAAUGUCUACUUUACAUUAAAUAUUGAACAUUACAUUGAUAUUCGCUGUACAGGUGAAUGUCCAAUAUCCAAUGUAUCAAACUAACUUUAGCGUCAUGCUUCGCCGACUUAUGUCUAGAUUUCUGAGAAUGAGGAGUGUAAUGAUCCAGUCUUCUGAAACUCCCACACAAAUGAACAAUAUUAUUACAUGAGGAAUUGGUCUUCUCAGCAUUUUAACACUGUAGCUGGCAUGUGUUAGAUUCGGUAUAAAUAAUCUUGACUGAACGAUGGUGGAGGGAACUUGAUUCACAAACCAUUCAUUGUUUAAGGUGGUGGCAAAGGACUCCGCUAUACACUGCACAAACUUGUGUUUUAAACUUGACACCAUGUGCGUUGUCACAUUAUAGAAACCCUGAGAGAGAAUACAUAUUAACACCAUGGGUUAGGCAGAAACUAGUGUUGUUUCAACACCGGUGUGUAAAUUGUAAUUCUUUGUUUGGUGUUUACACUUAACAACACCCACUGUGUCAAUUUUAGCACCAUACAGUGCCGUCUAUAAACGUUGUUAAUGGUCUUAUUUUUGUAUACAAUAAAAUGUUUAUUGAACGUUCCUUGGUACUUUGACUCACGGUGAGGCUUAACCCAUGCAAACUGACUCAAAGGAUACCCACAAUCGUGUUAAAUUGAUUCUUUUAUUAAUAUGUUUUCUUGAAUAUUCUUCAUUGAUAUAGCCAUUCAUAAGACACUGUCACUCAUUGUAAAUGUAAAUAUUCGAAACUCCUCACAAAAGCAGGUCAUGGUGCUUACUUCGAAUUAAACUUGUAAAAUGAAUUUAGGUGUUUUUGUACAUUAUAGUUCUUUGCUUAAUUUAAAGGUGUCUUUUUGGUCGACAUUUUGUGUAAACAAAAACCAGGCUGGUAUCUACACCAAUAACCAACGAAUUGAGGGCUCCAUCGGGACCCAAUGUUAUAGAUCUAAUAAUUUUACUAAAAAAAUGUUAUUCAAAGGGGUAUUUUCGUCAUGAUCAUCAUGCCUGUGGUUGUACAUUGUGAACGCUAAAUCAGUUACUGAACAUGUGCAGUAGCUAGCCGUCAGAAACAGUCAGCUGAUGUUGGUAAGUCAUUACGUCACACGUGCGUGCAUCUACGUCACGCCCCCAACGUUUUCGCUACGGCAUUUCGUAUAAACACCUCCCCAACCCUGAUUAGGCAUAAUAACAGUGCUUGUUUUGAUUUUUGGUUUGAAGGAUAUAAACACAGUCAUAUAGCAUCAUAUAGUCUUGACUCAAGACGGUUCCUAUAUUUUUUUCAACAAAUAUUGGUCAACAGUUUUGUAUAAAAGUUAAAUAUAUUUAUGAACAAACAACUUUAACAAUGUAUGUUUAAUCAGAAUAAAAUUUAUUGGUAAUAAAUAUUUCAUCCAUUAUUGUGAUGAAUUUAUUUCAAGAUACACAUCAUUUUAAAAAAAGUUGUACUUUAUUUUAAUUAUGAAUAAACAUACCAGGCAACCCAUGAAUAUUUCAAACUUAACGGUUAUGUUUUCGACAAUUAUCCCUGUUUUUAAAACACCACUUUGGCUGCCUAUAAGUCUCCGCCAUUAGUUUUGAAAACGUGCACUUUUUGACCCAGGCUUCAAGCAGGGCCCAAUUUCAAAAAGCUGCUAAUAAGCACAACAAUUUGCCAAGCAUGAAAUUUUUGCCUUGAUCAAA